UGUUUUAAAUGUUGGUAGCACUGGUUGUCGUAUUGUUUCAAUGCUGUCAGUGUUCAGAGCUCUCGAGGUUUUUAAUUUUUUUUAGUGUUAUUUACUUAUCAAUCAUGCCUAAGACAUUAAGAAGUGGUGAAAGAGAAUUGGUUCUCAAAGUUAAAAGGUUUUGUGAACGUGAAAAAACUAAUAAAGCUCCUCUUAUUCCAUUCGAAAAUGUUCGCCGACGGGUAGCAGCCAUGACAGGUAUAUCAGAAAAGACGGUGACAAAAAUAUGUCAAGAAGGUGUAGUUACCGCGAGUACAAAUCAAAUCACACCUGACAUAUGGAAGAAUGUGAUCACGUCAGACGUAUCGAAGAAAAAUAUUAUGCCAAUGAUUUGGAAUUGGAUAAAGAAAUGGAUAAUUUCAUUAUUGAAGUAAAAGACAGUGAAACUUCUUCAGACAGUGAUUGCGAUAGCAUAAUUUCAGGUGUUAAUCCUAUAGAAAUUGACCAUUCUUAUAAUAAAUAAAUAAAUUUCAUGUUUUCUUACUAACAUAUAAUACUGGCUAAAUUACAUUCAAUAAAAAUCAUUGUUGUUUUA